CUCCGGAGCCAAGGAUCGAACAUCAGUUUCAAUUCAAGUGUGUGAAAUGAAAACAGCGAGCGUCGUCUCAAGCGGUAGUUCUAUCCUCAACAUAAAGUGUGACCACUAUUAUAAACGGGAAAUCAGUUAAUUUCGAUCUGUGCCUGAAAGCCUUCAAACAGUACAACUGUUAAAAAAAAAUAAAAAAAACCAAAAAAAAAUUAAAAAUUUGUUUACUUAUAAAACCUUACAAUUAAAACCAAGUAAAAAUGCCUCAAGUGUUUGAACAAUUCACUCAACUCCCCACGACUCUGGGUUGCUCUCCGAAACUUCGCAACCUUACCACCAAUCAAAUCCGCGAAACACCGGUUGUUAACGGUCAUGUUAACCAACUUUCUGCCAAGAUUCGUGCAUUUGUUGAAGAAUCCGUUGCUAUGUGUAAACCGGAACGUAUCCAUAUCGUUGAUGGAACCGAACAGGAAAGCAAAACCUUGCUGAACAUUCUGCAAGCUCUGGGUACUAUUCAGCCAUUGCCGAAGUACGAAAACUGCUGGCUAGCGCGUACCAAUCCAGCUGAUGUGGCCCGCGUAGAAUCAAAGACCUUCAUCUGUACCGAGCAAAAGGAGCGCGCUAUCCCAACGCCUAAGGAUGGCAUCAAGGGAUCUCUGGGUAAUUGGAUUUCUCCAGAAGACUACGAAACUGCUAUUCGUUCCCGGUUCCCAGGAUGCAUGAAAGGACGUACCAUGUUUGUGGUACCAUUUUCAAUGGGUCCCAUUUCGUCACCGUUGUCCAAGUUUGGUAUCGAAAUCACCGAUUCUGCUUACGUGGUUUGCUCAAUGCGCAUCAUGACCCGUAUGGGUAUCGAAGUUCUGGAAAAGCUUUCGGACAAUUCGGACUUCAUCAAGUGUCUACACUCGGUGGGAACUCCUGCUAGUGGCAAAGUGACCGUUCCUUCCUGGCCUUGCGAUCCUGAACGUACAAUCAUUCUACAUAAACCAGCUAACAAUGAAAUCGUUUCGUAUGGCUCCGGAUAUGGUGGCAACUCUCUUCUCGGUAAGAAAUGCUUCGCUCUACGUAUUGGAAGCACCAUUGCCCAACGUGAAGGAUGGCUUGCGGAGCACAUGUUGAUCCUUGGCAUCACCGAUCCGAAUGGUGUUAAGAAAUACAUAGCAGCGGCUUUCCCAUCUGCGUGUGGCAAAACCAACCUCGCCAUGAUGACCCCUACUCUUCCCGGAUACAAAAUGGAGUGCGUCGGUGAUGACAUUGCGUGGAUGAAAUUCGAUUCAAAAGGUCAACUUCGGGCGAUCAACCCAGAAAAUGGCUUCUUCGGAGUCGCUCCAGGAACCUCACUGGAAACCAACCCCAACGCAAUGCAUACCGUUUACAAGAACACCAUUUUCACCAACGUAGCUUAUACGUCGGAUGGUGGAGUCUUCUGGGAGGGUAUGGAAGAUGAGAUCUCUUCCGAUGUAGAGAUUACCGAUUGGCUAGGUCAGCCAUGGAAAAUGGGAGUUUCUAAAACUCCAGCUGCUCAUCCUAACUCGCGAUUCUGUGCCCCGGCUAGCCAAUGCCCGAUUAUUGACCCCGCCUGGGAAGAUAACGAAGGUGUUCCAAUUUCCGCUAUUCUUUUUGGAGGUCGUCGUCCAGAAGGUGUUCCGCUGGUCUAUGAAGCUAACUCGUGGGCCCACGGUGUCUUCAUCGGAUCAGCUAUGCGCAGCGAAACCACUGCUGCUGCGGAACACAAGGGAAAAAUGAUCAUGAACGAUCCCUUCGCCAUGCGUCCGUUCUUCGGGUACAACUUUGGAUAUUAUCUGAAGCACUGGCUCAGUAUGGAAGAGCGCGCCGUUAUGGCCGGAGGACACAUGCCGAAGAUCUUCCACGUCAACUGGUUCCGCAAAAGCUCCACCGGUAAAUUCCUCUGGCCCGGCUUCGGUGAAAACUGCCGCGUCCUGGAAUGGGUUCUGCAACGUAUCGAUGAACACGAUUGUUACCAGGAUACUGCCAUAGGUCGUGUUCCAUCGCGUGGUGCUUUGAACUUUGAAGGACUGAAUAUGUCUGUCAGCGAGCAGGAGUUAUUCUCUAUUCCCAAAGAUUUCUGGUUGAAGGAAGUAGAAGAAAUCAAGCAAUACUAUGACAACCAACUGCCGCACGAUUUACCCCAGGAAAUCGCGCAGGAGUUGGAUGACUUGAAGAAACGUGUGGAAUUGAUGUGAAUUUGUUCUAAUGCUUUGAUUAGUUUUAAUUUAAGAUUCAUUUGUAAAGUGCUUAGUGAAUAAAGGUUUAAAAUGUA